AUUAAUGUUGGCUGUCUGGGAAGGACACCUGGAGAUCUGUCGCCUUCUCAUUGAUACAGGAUGUAAGAUCGACACCACAGAAAUCCAUGGAUACACAGCUUUACAUUGGGCUGCUGAGGAGGGAUAUCUACAGAUCACAAGAUGUCUGGUAGAAGGAGGUGCCAGUCCCUUUGUUACAACACAUAAGGGUAAGACUCCUUACGAUCUAGCAGCAGAACGGAAGAGAGGACAGUAUAAAGAAGUGAUGGAAUACUUACAGACUGUCAUGUCAGAGAAAUCUUCAGGUGUGACUGCUGGACAAGGGAUAGAAGAUCCAAUCCAGACACAGACAAAGUCCGCUAUGUUGAAUAGGUUACUUGGCAGUGGAACGUAUGAUUCCUAUGACAUGCGCUGUAUGGUAACAGGCCAAUUCGGGGUCGGGAAAUCAAGUCUUGUCAAGCUCUUGGCAGGUGAUGUCAUCCCAGAAGGAAGACAUCCUACCGAUGGCAUUUCCCUUAUAGAAGGUCGCUGUGGUCUUGAUGUUGAGACUAAAAGCUGGAUUUAUAUUGAUCCAGAAACGUAUGAUGCUUUAGAUGUUGUGUACAAUAAGGUGUUAAUGACUUCAGUAGAAGAGGAUGAAAGAAAAGAAGACAAAACACCAAAGAAACCGCAUUUACCAGAUUCAAAUCCUGUUAUAUUUGAUGGUAAAGUGAUGACUGGUGGUCCCUCCCAACAGCCUCUAGCAGCCACAUCUUUGUCACCUCAAAUAUCUGACAGUGAGUCCAAGAGAAGACCAGAGUUGAAAACACACAUGAAAUCGAAAAUGACAAGAGAAGAAAUAAGAAAAAAAAUGGAAAAAGUCCUUCAAAGUGGAAACUACAAGAUGAAAGUAGGAAGACUGAUUUUUUGGGACUUUGGUGGACAGUAUGUCUACUAUACCACACACCAAACCUUCAUGACUUUCAGAGCAUUGUUUCUCGUGGUAUUUGACGGAAGCAAACAGUUGCAUGAAGUAGUCCCAGAUGUUCUGUGUUUUCCAGGGCAGCACAUGACACCAACCCCAGCAGUAUUUCUACAACAUUGGGUUAACUCAAUCCUAACGUAUUGUAAGGUGGUAUAUGUGGCCAUUCCAAAGAUCUUGUUUGUUGCCACCCAUAAAGACAAAGUACCAAUGGAGGAUGUGGAGUCCAGGCGUGAGGAGUUGUACAAUGGAGUAGAGGAAUUGUUUAAGGACCAUGAGGGACUAAACCAUCUAGUCCUAACACAACGGAUAUUUGUCAAUGCAAGGGAUAACACAGAUCCAGAAAUUGAAGUCCUGAAGAAAGCCAUCACAGAACUUACGUUUGAACAUCCAUGCUGGGGGGAAAAGAUGCCAAAUGCUUGUGUUCCCCUUGAACUCGAGAUUGCAGAGCUGGUGGCAGAAGGAAAACAAAUCUUGUCAUUGAAGGAUGUUGAAGAAUUAAAUGCUAUAAGCAAGGUGUCUGUAUUGUCCCCAGACCUACUCAAUGAUUUCCUUAAUUUCCACCACUCACUGGGGAAGAUUAUCUACUUUGAUACUCCACAGCUGAAAGAUUUCGUAAUCAUCAACCCCUUACUCAUGGUGGAAGUUAUGAGAUCCUUUGUGACAGAUAAAGUAUUUUGGCCAGAGGAAACGAGAAUUCAAGAAACUUUCAAAAGAAUGUCAACAUGUGGGACCAUAAGACAGAAAGACCUCUACCUAAUUUGGGAGCAAAAAGAUUUCAGUGCAAUUUUACCAUACAAAGAAUUUAUAUUUAACAUCCUGAUUCAUUUGGAUAUUUUGGCAGAGCAGCGGAGAUAUGAUACAACUACAGGAAGUCGCUUACCAGUGGAAAACUUCUUUGUUCCCUGUAUGGUUACAGAGAGAAAUACCACCAGCUUCAUGGACAAAGAAUGUACACCAGAGAGAGCUAUAUGCUUAGCGUUUCUUUUUAAAGGGACUAUAAUACCACCAGCUCUACCAAAUCGUCUUAUCAGCGCUUGUCUGAGCAUGUGGACUGUCAAGCAGUAUGAAGGGAGACAACUCCUGUUUUCAGGGUUUAUUGGUUUAUCAUUUGACAAGUCACAUGAUAUCGUUGUAUGUGUUGAAGGCAACAAGAUUCUCCUUUACAUCAUUCACAGAACCUCCUCCGGGUUAAUCGUACCUGAUAUAGCUACAGGUGUUAAGGAAUGCUUGGUUGUCACAAUGGAAAGAAUCUCAGAUUUCUAUCGGUCCACAAUCCAUGCAAAACGCAGCCAACAAUCGCCAUUUCACAUUGAAUAUACAUGUUCAAAUUUGAAAUGCUUCAUCAGUGCAGAAGAAGCCAAGCACACCAAUGGAUGGAUUUGUGACAAACAUAACCAAACACACAAAACAGGACACUGGCGUGUUUGGAAUCAAGAUCAGACUAAAGAACAGUGCGAAGAGGAUUGUCAAGGUUUAAAUGAUGAUGCUUUAAGCAAGACACCAAGUGAUAUUGAACUGUUGCGUUUUUCAAACCACUGCGAAUCAAAUAAAAUGCAUGAAUUAGUUACAUAUCUUGGAAUGGUUAGGAAAUGGCAAAAUAUCGAAUACAAUCAUCCUACAGAUAUAGAGGUUGCAAAAUUUUUGAUAUUAUCAAGUUGGAAAGAGAUGAAAGUUAAAUGCAAUUUCAAAACUUUGUCAGAAGCUCUGAUAAGCAUGGGUACAUCAACACAUGUCUUGUGCCAAGUAAGAAGAGUCAUGAAAGCAGAAACAGAUAUUCCUGCAGAUUACUUGGAUUAUAUUCCAACAGAUGAGAUUAUAGAUGCAUUAGCACCACAGAUUGGUCAGGUUUUUUUUCAACUUGGGACUGAAAUUGGGCUAUCCAUUGCAACCCUGGAAAAUAUACAGAGCAACAAUCCUUCUGACUUAGCAGAACAGAAUAGGGUCGUAUUAUUUAAGUGGAGAGAAGACCAACAAAUCAAACCUACAUUACGGGUCCUUAUUCAGGCUUUAUUUAACUUUGGGAGAGGAGCACGUUGUUUAGAAGAAGUUUUAAAGAAUGUUGAUCUGAACACCCUUAUAGUUUCACAACAAUCGAGAGGUAAAGGAGCAAUUCAAAAGAAACUAAAAACAGAAUCAGAACAGAUACUACAGAGUCAGCGACAGUCACAGAAUAUUGGUCUGAAUACACUGAUACAUUCACAACAAUCGAGAGGUGAAGGUGCAAUUCCAAAGAAACCAAAAGCAGAAUCAGAACAGAUACUACAGAGUCAGGGAAAGUCCAAAAAUGUUGGUAUAAACACAUUGACAGGUUCACAACAAUCGAGAGGUGAAGGUGCAAUUCCAAAGAAACCAAAAAUAAAACCGAAAAAGGUACCACAGACUCGGCGAAAGGUGUUAAAAAAAUGUUCAAUAGCUUAAAAGUAGACACAAUUGUGCAAUUCAGAAUGGAAAAUAUACUACAGGAAAAAAUACUUUUUUUUCCACAACAAUCAUUUCUAUUAAGCAUUCAAAUGAUUCAUCACCUUUAUUCGAUGUGGUUUGUCAUAACCUUUACAGAUAUUCUUCUUUGAAAAAUUCAUAACGGAAAGUCAUUUAUCAAAUUUCAAAAUCAAACACAUUAAACGAAUGAAUAACAAAAUUCAUAUUACGGUCUUUGUACAGGCAUUUCCUUAUCAUGUUAUAGAGAAAAUGGUGGAUGGUCUUGAAGUAUAGAUUUUGCGUACUGACGUUGUUUAUCAUCUUAAUAACGUGUUAUAGUAUUCUUUUAUUUAUCUUUAUAAUAUUACUUUUACUGUUAAGUUUGUUUUUUUGAGAUAUCCAUUUGACGUGACUCUGUGCUUAUGUAUCCCGUCAUACUUUGAACGACAAAAUUAUUUUAUUUAUUAAUAUUACUUUUACUGUUGAGUCUGUUUUUUGUGAUAUACAUUUGACGUGACUCUGUACUUAUGUAUAUCGUCAUACUUUGUACCACACAAUUAUUUUAUUUUAUAUUAUUAAUAUUACUUUUACUGUUAAGUCUGUUUUUUGUUAUAUCCAUUUUACGUGACUCUGUAUUUAUGUAUCCCCUAAUACUUUGAACGACAAAAUUAUUUUAUGUCUACCUGUGCGAAUUUCAAACACGCUUCUUCGUUACAUUUGUUUGUUUUUAUAGUGAUUAAGAUGAUAACACAAUGUUGACUACUGUACCCCUAUUUUUGACAUUUUUACCUAUUGUGUCUGUUUGUUUUGUUCACGCAUCGUUGUCAAUAUAAUGGAAUUUGAUGGGACUGUCAUACAAGUGAGAGGUUUAGCUAGCUAUAAAACCAGGUUCAAUCCACCAUUUUCUACAUUAGAAAAUGCCUGUACCAAGUCAGGAAUAUGACAGUUGUUAUCCAUUUGUUUGAUGUGUUUGUUUUUUUUGAUUUUGCCAUUUGAUUGGGGACUUUCCUUUUUGAAUUUUCCUCGGAGUUCAGUAUUUUUGUGAUUUUACUUAUUAAACCUGGAAGGGCAGACUACAAAUGUUCAGAUAACACACUUUUUUUUAUUAAAUUAAAUUAUCCACAAGUGACGUUUGUCCUCAAGUACUUUUGGUAAAAAUAUGUUAUUCAUACACACCUACUCUGUUGUAAUGACUCAUAAGAAAGGUAUGACCCAUAUAUUUCAUUUUUAGGACUGUGAAGUUUUAAUGUUAUUAUAUUAACCUGUGUAGCCUAUAUAUAUAUAUAAAAAUGAUAAAAUCUAUAGCGAAAUGGGGUAUCAAAUAUUUUUGCUUUAUACGUUUUCAAGACAGAAUAAUCAACCCAAACAAGCCUGAACAUAAAAAAGUUGCACUCGACUUUUCUUUUCGAUGAAAUUAUUGCCAUUUUUUGCCUUUUUUCUCAAAAUAACUAUGACCGUGGGCAGAGAUGCAGACUUAUGCUUUAAAAGAUCCAUCUUUUAUCUUUCUGUGAAAUUUUCGGCGGAUUUAUGCUUUUUGCACAAAAAAGAUCCUCACGUAUUGCACCUACGACAAUCAACUGCAAUAUUGCUACAUAUAAGGAUCCCAAUGAUGAUAUUUUCACCAGGAUUCUGAUUACAUAUUUGGAUUCUCCAUUUUUCCCGAUAGUGUUUACAUCUAAAUAUUCACCAUCACGUUAUUUUCACCAAGUUGGUAUCAUAUUAAGAUUCUUUCUCAUUUUAUUUUCACAAUAUUUUUUAGGCUCUAAAACACACACUGCAAAACACCUCUUUGGGUAAAGCUGAGUACAAUGCACCACAAAUGACUACAGAUAGGUUUCAGAAGUGCCCUAGGAUAAACAUUGUAUAUUAAUUGAAAAAAUAAAUGUCAUGUUUUACGAAAACAAACUUUAUUGAUAUAUAACUCUUUUGUUACAGAAGAUUUAUGAAGCAGAGUUACUAAAUAUGCUCUGAUUCAAGCUAAUAAAAUGUUCCUUUUUUUACAUAUAUGUAACCUAAAGUCUGAGUUUAGGGAUUGGAUAAAAGCAAGAAUAUUAUGAAUAGUAUUAAAAUAGACCUACAAAAAAUGUAUUAAUUUUCAAACUUUCUGGUCAUUGUUUUGUUUUAAGUUGUGAACGUUAACAUUACAAAAAUGAAGUCAUUAAUUUUGUCAGCCAAUAUACCGUAUAGCGGGUUAUUUUCGCUUAUUUUGGCGGAUGAAAGUAAAUUGCGAAAAAUAAAUUCCGCGAAAAUUAAUGCAUAUUUUUGUUACUUUCUAAUAGCUAAAGCGUUGGUCGGUAGGUCAAUAAUGGUAUGGGUUAUUUUAACAACAUAAACAAAAAGGGCAUUGAACAUACAUGUAUUUUGUAAAAUGACUGUCACGUGUGUACAUUCUUAAAUUUUUUGUAUACUUUGUUGCCCCUAAAUCGCGAAAUUUUACACCCGCGAAAAUAACCCGCUAUACGGUAUUUACUUGGUUAGUUGAUUAUUUGCAAAGAAAAGGGUCAUAAAGCCCUUUUGUUACCUCACACUAAUAAGAAAAGAAAGGUGGUUUAUUCAAAUGUCUUCUUGAAUGAUAUGUUUGGAUACAAGUUCCAGGCACACAGUUAUCGUCCUUUGAUUAUCGUUGAAAAGAUUCCCUAGUGUGGACAGCGUUUAACUUGCAAUUUUUUUUCAUACGACUUCUAAAUUUAUCUCUUUACAUUUUAUGCAUGAAAUAGUAAGUAGGGGGUGAAAUUACAUGUAAAAAAAAUUGGGGCAUUAAUUUUAGGUAAAGUAGUGUUUUGGUCCAGUUUGAAAAAUUAGUAUGUCAGAGGCUGUCAAACUGAAUUACAGACCCCUUAACAUAAAAUUAUCCAUAUUUUGUGUAAGAGUGGUUAGACUUUUCUAUAAUUGUUUUAUAAUUUGUCCCAAAAAGUAGUACACUACACUGUAAAAAUCUUUUUUUGAUAGAGCAGGUGCGAUUUUUUCUAAUUUGGGUGUUUUGUCUACGAAAUAACUGUUCUCGAGCCAAAAGGGAGAUGUGGGUUGUAUUUUGUUGAGACAGGAACCCCAACGUAAAAAAUAUCCGAAAUGAUACUUCCCAUUUCAAUUCUCAAUUUUAUUUAUCAACUUUCAGUUGAUAGAAAAAAAACAUUUUCUGAAUCUAAAUUCUAAUUGAGAUUAUUUUGUAUAAAUCAGCCCAUACAAUACAAAUUAACAAAGCUGAAUAAAUUAAGAUGUUGGGUAUAUGCCAAUAACAAACAACCCAACGACACAAAUAACCAAAUAAAGGCUAUACCGUCAACGUUCACUUUCUGGUAUUUCACAGCCAAUUUUCUUUACGUGAUUUCAUUUUGGUAGAUACUAUUUUUUCCAGACAAAUAUAUUUGAUAAAACAAAGUGUAUAUCAACAUUUCUGAAAUACAGAUUUUCAAACUAUAGCUCUUAGAUAUAUCCAAAAUUGUCUAAACAGACACAAAUUUUCUAUUCAUGUUAAUUUCCAUCCUUCAAAAUUCAUUGUUGCAUGGAAAAUGAGAUGUUAUAUUUUUAGUUUACAUUGUAUCAUGUGUGUUUGUGUUGAUCUCUUCUGUUUAUCAUUGUGUCAUAUUUGUAAUUUAUUUUUGAUUGCUAUGUAGCAUGUAUAUGCUUUUUGCAAGUAAACUCAUUUAUUCAAUCAUUCAUUCAUUAAAAUUUUAAUAAGGUGGAUUGUGCUCCAUUGUGCAUAACGGAGGUCCUUUCGUGGUGUUUAGAGACCCAAAAAUGUGUGGGUUAAUUAAGAUUAUCUGCCAUUAUUUUCCCCAUUAUAUUAACACAAUAGGAUUAUUUGCCAAGUUAUUGUAUUUGCCAUAAUGUCAUCAUACCAGGAUUUUCGAUAAUAUUAUAAUUAUUUUACCAUUAAAGAUUUAAAAGAUGAUUUCCUUUUAACAUUUUUGCACCAUAUUAUGAUUCCUGAUAUGUUGAUUAUAAAUAUAAUAAACUGUUUUCUUAAAUAAA